AUGCUACAAGCCCCAAUUUUGCUCUCAUCUCCCAGCACUCCCUCCAGGUCUCCUCGCUUCCAUAACGUUUCCUGGAGCAACCCGCCACACAACUCCUCUCCUCUCGCAUGCGACACCUCCUCGCCCGUGUCCUCUCCAGGAGCCGACGCGUUCGCCCGCCGUCGUGGCCAAUACAAGCAACACACAGCCAGCUCUCCUACGGCAACGCGCUUAGGAAAGCCUCCCAAGCGCAGAGUCACUUUGGGUGGCGAGCUCCCGUCCAGCUCACGCGGAAUCUCCCAGGCCGCUGCUGUUCCGACGGAGGAGGCGCCACGCAAGGCCUUUCUCCGAGAGAGGUUCAGAGCACGGUGCUUGGAGCGCUCGCAGAAAGAUCGCGAGCGGAAGAUCAAGGGCAGACGAUGUGCGCAGAGCGACACGAGCAGUGACGGUGACGACGAGGUCAUGGACAAUGAAGAAGAGGAUGACGAGGAAUUUAUUAACGACGAGCUUUUCCGGCGCCUCAUUUCAAGCGGGAAGCGCAAGCAGCAGCAUGAAUACCGACUUUCGUAUGCGUUCGAGGUUGGUUCUUCGUUCGAUCCGGACAUGGAAGACAUGGACGAGUGGGAGCGGCAUAUCCAGCCCUUUGCUCGCUUCCCUGCGGUAGCUCAUGAGCCAAUAAGCACUAUCCCCGAAGACCUUGAUGAAGAGGAGCUCGCCGCGUACGCCGAAGAGUAUGAUCUCCAUCUGGAAGACCUGUGCCCAGAGGACGUUUUCAGUCUCAGCGACGUGGAUGACAUAACCUUGCCCGACGAAGAUAUGCAAUUGCGAGGAAAGGGAAAAGAGAGGGCGAUCGUCGCAAUGGCCGACGACGACGUCGACAUGGCCAUGCCAUGA